CAGUUCUUCACUCGCCUCACCACACUCCUUGAAAAGACACAGCAAGCCGGGCAUGGCUCGAUUUAUCUUACCCAGAAACGAUUGACAUUCGAUACCGCAUCGGCACCUUCUCCUCCGACCGGCAAAGUCGCCGACGACCCUCUGUGGGACACACAUCCGCCGAACCCUCUCCCGAUCAUCGUACGGGCCACAGAUGGAAAUUCGCAAUCAAAAGACAGGAAGAAGAAGGACAAGGUGAAGCUGAGCACGAUCGUCCAGCCAGAUGACUUGGAGACAUUCUUUGCGAGGUACGCAGAGGUCUGCAAGACCGGGAUGCAGAGUCUGAAGAAGAGAGACCGGAGUAAGAGGAAGAAGGACAAGAGCAAGAAGAAAAAGACGACUACUGGCCCAGAGACGACAAAGUGA